UACAAAGCAGCAGAAGAAAAAGAUGGCGGAAGAUGUGUCUGCAAACCAUGCACAGCAAAAGCUGGGAUUUAACUUGGAUGUUCCCUUCCCCUCUGCACGCGAGGCUUCCAUUGCUCUGAACACUCUGUCACCGGAUCGUGAGCCAAGAAAAGGAGGAAUUUCUAAGGAACUUGUGGCAGUGGGCAACGUGUUAUCAGUUCGAUGGACCGCAGAUGAGGCUCGCAUUCUCCGCGUCUCAGUUGGAUCUUUCCUGGAUCACCUGACCUUGGUAUUGGAAACUAUGGAUGCGUUUGGACCCCCGGUACCUUAAUAAGCCUGGGUCUUAAGAUGAGAAAAAGCUGAACGAAUGGAGACACACGUGAAUAGCAGAGGAAGGUGAUGUGCAGCUUGUCAGAUGUCGGUUUCCUUCAAGGCAGUGCAUCUCCCAUUGUGUCCAGUAGGCUAUUGUUAAAUGGGUAAUGAUCUGUUUGGCUGUAGGCCUAUCUGGUGAUCCAAAUGGAUCUGGACACAGAGACUUUGUGUUUAUUUUAUAUGAGGAUGUGUUGGAUCAUUUCAUGAGGCGAAACAGGUUGCAUAUAAAUAAUAAAUCCUGUUUAUUGUCAUAACAGUCA